GUCUCGCCUGUCACGUAGCUAGGGCGGCGUCCGGCCGGCGAGUGCGCUCCUGCGUGUUCAGGACAGAUUGUUCAUGUGCCACGCCGCGGUGGCGGACCCGGGGGAGCAGCACGGGCGGCGGCUUCUCGCCGCCGGCGACGACGGCGGCGGCGGAGGAGGAGACCGCCGCCAGCAGCAGCUGCCCGCGAUGAUGGAAACCACGCUGCCAUCGUCGUCGCCGUCGCCGUCGCCGGCGGCGUUGUCGCGGGGCAGGCAGGCGCGCGAGAUGUCGGCCAUGGUGGCCGCGCUGGCCAGGGUGGUCGCCGGCUCCGCGCCGCCGGCCAAGAGGCCCCACCAGGCCGUGCAGGAGGAGGAGGCGUGGUGGCCGUACGACGAGCUGGUCGCCGAGCCGUCCCCUGCCUUCGUGCUCGACGGCUACGGCGCGACGCAGCCGCCGCCGGAGCAGUGCUGGCCUCCGGCGGCAACAGAGGCGGCGACCUCGUCGCAGACGCAGUACCGUGCCGCCGCGGCCGACGAGGAGCUAACCUCGCCGUCGUCCGCCGGCGCCGGUGGCAGCAGGGCGGCGCCGCGGAAGCGGUACCGCGGCGUGCGGCAGCGGCCGUGGGGGAAGUGGGCGGCGGAGAUCCGGGACCCGCACAAGGCGGCGCGCGUGUGGCUCGGCACCUUCGACACCGCCGAGGCCGCCGCCCGGGCCUACGACGGCGCCGCGCUCAGGUUCCGCGGCAGCCGCGCCAAGCUCAACUUCCCCGAGUCCGCCACGCUCCCGUCCCCGCCGCCACCAGAUCCGGCCUCGCGCCCAUGGCCGCCUCCGCCGUCCAGGCCGGACGCGCUGCUGGAGUCGCAGGCGCCCCACACCGGCGGCUUGGAGCCGUACGCGGAGUACGCCAGGAUCUUGCAGAGCGCCGGCGGCGACGAUCCUGGUGGCUCGUCAAGUAGCACGUUGCCUCCUCCUCCUCCUCCUGCAGCAGCGUACAGCUUCACAGCAGACGGCGAUACACGACUGAGCAUGCUCUCGCCGCUACAGAGCCGCGGCGCCGGCGCGCCAGGCAACCCCGCGGCGGCGUGGGCGAGCCACUACUACGGCUCGAACCCGCUGUGGCAGUGGGACCAGUCAGGUUGACCGCUGUCAACGAAAAAAGGGCCCGGGAACACAGAUAUUCGGUCAACCGCCUUUAACGCCACGUGGUGAGCGGUCAACGGUUUCAAACGGCGGGGAAGUCGUGGGGCGGCACGAAACGCCACGUGAAAUCUCGCUGUCACUGACAGGUCGGCGCGGGGCCUGCCAAUAUCGGAUGACGCUUUGUGUCGUGGAAAGACGCCGUCAAGCUGCUGUGCGGUUGCCGCGGUCAUCAAACGGCGAGCUCGGUCAGAUGGACGGCGCAAAACGGCAAAGGUGAUUAGGACACCCCGAUCUCUUGGAGUCACCAGCUUGGAGAGAAUCGAAGCCCUGGGCAUGGAUAACUUUCUUCAUUUUUGUUCUUGACUUUAGAUACCAUAUCGUUUGGAUCCUUUUGGAAUUGAAUUCCAUUUUAAUAAUUAUUUUUUAAUACAAAUUAAUUAAGCUAA